GACUGAUACCUUUACAGUCAUUUAAAAAUCACCUGAUUCAGUUUCCAGGUGGAGGCGGAGCUCGUGGGUUCGAUUCUCGGCCCGUCUGCGUUUUAUUUAACUUCACUCAAUGAGCAGAGACUCACCCCCCCUCCGCCAGUUUUAAAUCCGUCGCUCGCGAUCCUACCUAUCCCGUCGCCUGCACACUCAAGGGGUAGUUCACUGACGACGCGGAGCUCCUGGCGCCCGCUGAUGGGUCGGGUAUGAGCGCCGCCACCAGCAGCACGCGGCUGAGCCCCGGCGCCCGCCUGCUGUCAGCCACCGAGGCGCCGCCGAGGCGCUACGGCUCCAUGUUGUCCUUGGAGGAGAAGUGUGAGCAGUCUUUCUUCCUCUUCUACUACUACAGGAUGGAGGACGAGGCGGUGCUGGACCGCGGCGCAUCCCUGCUCAAGCACGUCUGCGACGAGGAGGAGGCGGAGGGCCACCACACCGUCUACAUCGGCGUGCACGUGCCCAAGAGUUACCGGCGGCGGCGGCGCCACCGUCGGAAAGCUGGCCACAAAGAGCGAAAGGAGCGGUCGCCGGAGAACACCUCCGACAAGUCUGACGCGGAAACCACCGACGAGCCCAGCAACAGCAUCCUCAAACCUCUCAUCUCCCCGGCAGCCGAGAGGAUCCGCUUCAUCCUGGGCGAGGAGGAUGACGGGCCGCCGCCACCGCAGCUCUUCACCGAGCUGGACGAGCUGCUGUCGGUGGACGGGCAGGAGAUGGAGUGGAAGGAGACGGCCAGAUGGAUCAAGUUCGAGGAGAAGGUGGAGAAAGGAGGCGAGCGGUGGAGUAAACCCCACGUGGCCACGCUGUCCCUGCACAGCCUGUUUGAGCUGCGCACCUGCAUCGAGAAGGGCACCAUCAUGCUGGACAUGGAGGCCUCCACGCUGCCGCAGGUGGUCGAGAUGAUCACCGACAACCAGAUCGAGAUCGGCCAGCUGAAGGCGGAGCUGAAGGACAAGGUGAUGUACACGUUGCUACGGCGACACCGGCACCAGACCAAGAAGUCCAACCUGCGCUCCCUGGCGGACAUCGGCAAGACGGUCUCCAGUGCAAGUAGGCUGUUUUCCAACCAGGAGAACGCUCGUAGUCCUCUGGGGAACUCAGUGACUUGCCUGUCGGGUCACAUUUCAAUGGAGGACUUGCAGUCCCAGAGGAGCACCAGCAUGGACUGGCUCAGUAGUCCCACCACGGCUCACCGGAACCUGACAUCGAGCAGCCUCAACGACAUCUCUGACAAACCCGAAAAAGACCAGCUGAGGAACAAGUUCAUGAAGAAGUUGCCAAGAGACGCCGAGGCCUCCAAUGUGCUGGUGGGGGAGGUGGACUUCCUGGACGCGCCCUUCGUUGCGUUCGUCCGCCUGCAGCAGGCCGUGAUGCUGGGGGCGCUGACGGAGGUGCCGGUUCCCACCAGGUUCCUGUUCAUCUUGCUGGGACCGAAAGGAAAAGCCAAUUCGUACCACGAGAUCGGCCGAGCCAUCGCCACGCUGAUGUCGGACGAGGUGUUUCACGACAUCGCCUACAAGGCCAAAGACCGAGAGGACCUGCUGGCCGGCAUCGACGAGUUCCUGGACGAGGUCAUCGUGCUCCCUCCUGGGGAGUGGGACCCGGCCAUCAGGAUAGAGCCCCCCAAGUCCCUCCCCUCCUCUGACAAGAGGAAAAACAUGUACGCAGGGGGGGACGCUCAGAUGAACGGAGACAUGCCUCACGAUGGAGGUCACGGAGGAGGAGGACACGCUGCCGGGGACGAGCUGCAGAAGACUGGAAGGUUCUGUGGCGGUCUCCUGCUGGACAUCAAAAGAAAAGCGCCUUUCUUUGUCAGCGACUUCACCGACGCGAUUCACAUCCAGGCCUUGUCCGCCACCUUGUUCAUCUACCUGGGAACCGUGACGAAUGCGAUCACCUUCGGCGGCAUGCUGGGAGACGCCACAGAGAACAUGCAGGGCGUGUUGGAGAGCUUCAUGGGCACGGCCAUCAGCGGGGGCGUGUUCUGUCUGCUGGGCGGCCAGCCGCUCAUCAUCCUCAGCAGCACCGGCCCGGUUCUGGUGUUUGAACGGCUGCUCUUCAACUUCAGCAGAGACAAUGAGCUGGACUACCUGGAGUUCCGCCUGUGGAUCGGCUUGUGGUCGGCGUUCUACUGCCUGGUGCUGGUGGCCACCGACGCCAGCUACCUGGUGCAGUACUUCACCCGCUUCACCGAGGAGGGCUUCUCCUGCCUCAUCAGCUUCAUCUUCAUCUACGACGCCUUCAAGAAGAUGCUCAAGUUGGCCCACCACUACCCCAUCAACGCCGACUUCACCAUGGACUACGUCACGCAGUACGACUGCCUCUGCAUGGCGCCCGCCGUGCUCGAGAACAGUUCAGACGUGGGAGAUCUUCUGGAAGGUUCUUCAGACUGGAUCUGGAACGCCACUUACCUGCCGAUGAACGCCACGUGGUCGUCGCUCUCCAGGACGGACUGCCUGAAGUUCAACGGGGAGCUGGUGGGCAAGGCCUGCGACUUCGUGCCCGACAUCGCGCUCAUGUCCUUCAUCCUCUUCCUCGGCACCUACACCUGCUCCAUGGGCCUGAAGAAGUUCAAGAACAGCCAGUUCUUCCCCACCACCGUGAGGAAGCUCAUCAGUGACUUCGCCAUCAUUCUGGCCAUGCUCAUCUUCUGCGGGGUGGACAUGCUGGUCGGAGUCGAGACGCCCAAACUCAUCGUGCCCACCGAGUUCAAGCCCACGAGUCCUAAGCGUGGCUGGGUGGUGCCCCCCUUUGGGGGGAACCCCUGGUGGGUGUACCUGGCCUCGGCUCUUCCGGCCCUGCUGGUCACCAUCCUGGUGUUCAUGGACCAGCAGAUCACGGCGGUGAUCGUCAACCGGAAGGAGCACAUGCUGAAGAAAGGGGCGGGCUACCAUCUGGACCUGUUCUUGGUGGCCCUGUUGCUCAUCGUGUGCUCGUUCAUGGGUCUGCCGUGGUACGUCGCCGCCACCGUCAUCUCCAUCGCGCACAUCGACAGCCUGAAGAUGGAAACAGAGACGUCGGCGCCCGGAGAGCAGCCCAAGUUCCUGGGCGUGAGAGAGCAGAGGGUCACCGGCAUCAUCGUGUUCAUCCUCACAGGACUGUCUGUCUUCAUGUCUCCGAUUCUGAAGUUCAUCCCGAUGCCGGUGCUGUAUGGAGUCUUCCUGUACAUGGGAGUGGCCUCUCUCAACGGAGUGCAGUUCAUGGAUCGUCUGAAGCUGCUCCUGAUGCCAGUCAAGCACCAGCCCGACCUGGUCUACCUGAGGCACGUCCCCCUGAGGAAGGUCCACCUCUUCACCUUCAUCCAGAUCCUCUGCUUGGCUCUGCUCUGGAUCCUCAAGUCCACCGUGGCCGCCAUUGUUUUCCCCAUCAUGAUCCUCGCCCUGGUGGCCGUCAGGAAGGCGAUGGACUACAUGUUCUCGCAGCACGAGCUCAGCUUCCUGGACGACAUCAUCCCCGAGAAGGACAAGAAGAAGAAGGAGGACGAGAAGCACAAGAAGAAGAAGAAGAAGAAUAGCAGCAUGGACAGCGACGCUGAGGACGAGAGAAGUCCCCGUCGUUUCUCGACCGACACACAUCGUGCUGAGAAGCUUUGCUACUACCGAGACACCCGGUCGUCCAGUCCUGAGACGAGUCCUCUGAGUCCUCUGAGUCCUCUGAGUCCUCCGAGUCUUCUGAAGUCCGUCCCUCAGAUCAGAAUCGACAUGGAGCCCGACACCGACAACUCCUUCUACUGGAAGAGCCGAGGGUCCGAAACGUCUCUGUAGAGCAUCAGCCCCCCGCAGCGCCGCAACACGGCUUUUUACUUUCUUUUUUAAUUGAACAAAAUAUUAUUUCUAACUCCAAAUGAAAAAAAGACUUUGUUCUGAAUAAGUCACGAAGAAAAAACAAACUACUCGGAGUCGAUAACACAAGGAAAACUUUCUUUUUUCUAACAAUGAAACCGUUUUAAAACCAUUUCUUUGCUCACAAUCAUGUAUUCGGUACUUUUGCUCAUAAACGUAGCUCCUCCCACAUUCACUGGUAAAAGCUGCAGCUCUCUCUGACCUCGCAUGAACUCCCCCUGCUCCUAAACAACAAACAAAUAUAUAUAUAUAUAUAUAUAUAUGCAUAAACAAAUACCAUCUGUGGUAAUUUUUUAUAUAAAGUGAUUUACUCUAAUAACAUUUUCCUGUAGCAGGAAAAUUAUGGUUAAAUUUUUUUUAAUAGCUCUACCUCUUUUAGAUUAAAAGCUUCUUAUGAACAAACGCUACAUGUUGAUUUUUGGCGCAGCAUGUUUUUUUUGUUGAUAUUUUCACUUCUAGUUAUUUGAAGUUAAUUAACAGCAGCAUAUUUGUAUGUGCAAAUGAGGUAAAUAUUUUUAUUAUCACUUUUUUGAUGCAUUUGUUUGUUGAUCGCUUCACUUCUCUUUCUAAUUUCCUGAAUUCUUUGUUUCACAUGUUCACUUCAAUGCUUUUGUUACUCUUUUAAAUUAAAUCAUUUAAUCUUUUUUUUGUAUGAUUAUUGUUGGUAACUUUUUAUUAAGUCCUCUUUGUUUUCUCCCUCUCUCUUUGCUGAACGAUAAUCAGCUAAAUGUAGCAUCUCACCAGGAAUUUCUAUCAUAUUAUACAAAUAUUCAUAUAAUAAUGUGCUGCACGAACUACUGAACCUCAGUGACUUAUAGGAAGCGACAACCACUCUCUCUAGUGACCUCCUGGGGGCGACUCCUCUGGUUGUAUAGAAGUCUAUGCAUCAUGUGUUAAAGCUGCAUUCUCUCUCCUGACCACCAGGAGGUGACUCCUCUGGUUGUAUAGAAGUCUAUGCUUCAUGUGUUGGAGUUGCAUUCUCUCCUGACCACCAGGGGGCGACUCUUCUGGUUGUAUAGAAGUCUAUGCAUCAUGUGUUUAAGCUGCAUUCUCUCCUGUCCACCAGGGGGUGAGUUUAUGGUCUCAAUCAUCAUUCUACAACGAUGUUCACUGGGUUUAAUUUACGGAAUAAACAUGGAUGUCGUUUGUUUGUGAUUAACUUUCUUUAGAAACGGGGUGUAAAUGUUUAUUUUAGCAUUUAUAUAUUUUUCAAAUAAAACACGAUUCUCACACAG